CGUCUCCGCACGAACGAUCCAAUUCCUAAAUAUCCUUUUAAUCCUUGCGAUAUAGAGUCAAUCUUACCUCUCGUCUCCAACAUGGCCUCUACCCAGAAAGCUCGACGUCUCAUUCUAACCACCGCGGUGGUCUCAAUCACCAUCGCCGGAACACUCUACGGCGCCGGUAUCAAGACUGACCAAGAGGUCACCCAGACAGUCCAGAAAAAAGAGGAAGCUACAAUAGACGAACGAAUUACGUCUCUUCGGGACAUGCGGCAAAAUCUAGCGGCGAAGAAAGGGCUUGUUGAACAGCAGAUUCGCGAUCUUGAUGCUCGAAUUGAGGAAAGGAAACAGAAAGGUCUUGACGGAUCAAAGAGGGAGCCUCCUCAUAAUGGUUAAAUACGAGGCUAUGGUUACAGAAUUAAGUUUGAGACAAUAGGCCAUGCUGGAUUAUCUAUAAUAAUAUAAUGUGGGCGACCCCUUCGGUAUAUCGAGCCCUGCGCUGGGCUUGCUGGUUGCUACCAGGGUGGUUUGACCUCCGUGGUUUCGAUAGGCAAGCUGAACCAGUUUGAGGUUUGGUUUGACGACGAGAUCACUAUAGCUCUUACCGUGCUCGAUCAUCAAUUGCUCACCAUAUCGCGUCGCAGUCCUCACGCAUUCACGUUUAUAUUGGGCCAAAGAAGCGUUCCAAGGUUGCUGCAACUCGAGGGCGGCAGGUAUGAGGGAACGAAUCACUUAAAUUAAAUAAGUGCAUGGGUCGGCCUCUGGCCGUGCGGAUGCUGUGCAUCCUUCAAAUAGAUUAUUCCAGACCCAGUUGCUUAACCAGGAUAUGGCACAACGAUGAGCACCACUCAAUAACAUCUAAA